CGUGGUCAUUGAGUUCCGCUCUCUGAUUGGUCGGCUCGCCGGUGCCUUUGCAGCAGUUCCUACGGGUCGUGUUAAUUUCAGGAGUCAUCAUGGCGCUCGCUACCCAAAUCAAAGAGCACCCAUACUCUUGUGUAAUUGACACGCUGAAAGAUGGCAAGAUCAAAUUCUUCAACCCGAGGAAACUCAACGAUCCGAGAUACGACCGGCUGCCUCUGACCAUCCGUGUCUUUCUGGAGGCAGCGAUACGCAACUGUGAUGGCUUUUAUACCACAGAGAGUGAUGUGGAGAACAUCUUGGACUGGCAGCAGCAGCAGGAUAAAACCGAGGUGCCUUUCACUCCGGCACGAGUCCUUCUGCAGGAUUUCACUGGGAUUCCUGCCAUGGUGGACUUAGCAGCCAUGAGGGACGCUGUGGCCAAACAUGGCGAAGACCCCAGUUUGAUUAACCCUAAAUGCCCCACAGACCUGAUCGUAGAUCACUCGUUACAGAUCGAUUUCAGCAAAUGUGCCAUACAGAAUGCUCCAAACCCCGGUGGAGGGGAAAGUGCGACUUCUCCUCGCUCCGUACCCUCCAGGCUUCCAUCCAGAGGCGGCUCACAUUGCGGAGGCCAGCAAGGCUCCUGCGGCAAAGCGGCCUGCAGCGAUCCGCCGGCCCCGUCAGGAGCACGUCCAGCGGCGGUCCAGCAGAUCGAGAACACGCCUCUUCUCUGCCCCUUCCACCUGAAGCCCGUCUCUGAAACUGAAACGGCUGUGAAGAAUCAGGAAAUGGAACUGAUAAGAAACAAGGAGAGGCUUCAGUUCUUUAAGUGGUGCUCCAAAGCCUUUAAAAACGUCAACGUGGUUCCUCCAGACGUGGGUGCGGUUCAUCAGGUCAACUUGGAGUACCUGUCGCGGGUGGUGCAGGUCAGCGACGGUGUGAUGUACCCCGACAGCGUGGUGGGAACAGACUCCCACACCACCAUGAUCAACGGCCUGGGGAUCCUAGGAUGGGGGGUCGGAGGAAUCGAGUCGGAAGCCGUGAUGCUCGGCCAGCCCGUGUCUCUGACCCUCCCUCAGGUGGUGGGCUGUAAACUGGUUGGCUCCAUCAACCCACUCAGCACAUCUAUAGACAUCGUGCUCGGCAUCACAAAGCACUUGCGGCAGGCUGCCAUCGCUGGGAGGUUUGUGGAGUUCUUCGGACCUGGACUCUCCCAGCUGUCGGCUCCUGACCGGACCACCAUCGCCAACAUGUGCCCGGAGUACAACGCCACCGUCAGCUUCUUCCCCAUCGACCAAGUCACACUCAAGCACUUUAAAAAGACAAAUUUCAGCCAUGAAAAACUUGAAUUGAUGGAGUCUUACAUGAAGGCGAUCAAACUUUUCCGAAGCUAUGAAGAACCUUGUGAAGACCCUCAGUACUCUGAGGUGAUCGAGAUCAACCUGAGCUCCAUGGUGCCCCACGUCAGCGGUCCCAAAAGGCCUCAGGACCGGGUGGCAGUCAGCAACAUGAAGGCAGACUUCCAGAGCUGUCUCGACGAGAAGGUGGGCUUUAAAGGUUUCCACAUUUCCAAGGAGAAGCAGGAGACCCGCGUCGCCUUCCUCCACUGCGGUCAGGAGUACCAGCUGGUGCACGGCUCGGUGGUCAUCGCCGCCGUCAUCAGCUGCACCAAUAACUGCAAUCCGUCUGUCAUGCUGACUGCAGGCCUUCUGGCCAAAAAGGCUGUGGAAGCCGGCCUCACUGUCAAGCCUUACAUCCGGACCAGUCUAGCUCCUGGAAGUGGGAUGGUCACUCACUACCUCAACAGCAGCGGCGUUCUGCCUUACUUCAGUCAGCUGGGGUUUCAGGUGAUUGGUUAUGGCUGUGCCACUUGCGUUGGAAAUACGGCACCGUUACCGGACGCCGUCGUGGACGCCAUCAAACAGGGGGAUCUGGUGACCUGCGGCCUGUUGUCCGGCAACCGGCACUUUGAAGGACGCCUGUGUGACUGCGUGCGGGCCAACUACCUGGCCUCCCCUCCCCUGGUGGUGGCUUACGCUAUAGCGGGCACUGUGGGAAUCGACUUUGAGAAGGAGCCGUUAGGUUUGUCUUCCAGCGGGAAGGAGGUGUAUCUAAGUGAUAUCUGGCCGUCCAGAGAGGAGGUCCAACAGACGGAGGAGGACACCGUCAUCUCCUCUGUCUUUAAGGAUCUCAGGGGAAGGAUGGAGAAAGGGAACACGUUUUGGAACAACAUUACAAGUCCAGACUCUGUGGUUUUCCCGUGGGAUCCCAAGUCCACGUACAUCCGCUCUCCACCGUUCUUCAGCAAGCUGAGCAAAGACCUGCCUGCCCCUCAGUCCAUAGAGAACGCUCACGCCUUACUCUUCCUCGGGGACAAAGUCAGCACGGACCACAUCUCGCCAGCGGGCAGCAUCGCCAGGGCCAGCGCCGCCGCCAAGUACCUGCAGAGCAGGCGGCUGACCCCGCGGGAGUUUAAUUCCUAUGGCGCUCGCAGAGGAAACGACGCGGUGAUGACCAGAGGCACGUUCGCCAGCAUCAAACUCCUGAAUCGGUUCAUCGGAAAACCGGGCCCGAAGACUUUGCACAUUCCUUCAGGCCAGACGCUGGAUGUCUUUGAAGCGGCGGAUCGCUAUCAGAGAGAUGGCGUUCCCCUGAUUAUCCUGGCAGGAAAGGAGUACGGCUCCGGGAAUUCCAGGGACUGGGUUGCCAAAGGGCCUUUUCUGCUGGGGGUGCGUGCCGUCAUCGCCGAAAGCUUUGAGAAGCUCCACAAAUCCCAGCUGGUGGGGAUGGGCAUCAUGCCGCUGCAGUUUCUGCCCGGCCAGAGCGCCGACUCGCUGGAGCUCAGUGGGAAGGAGCGCUUCAGCAUCGUCCUGCCAGAAAGCCUGAGUCCCAGCCAGCACCUCACCGUUAAGACCAGCAAAGGAACGUCCUUCUCCGUCACCGCACUCUUCGACUCUCAGAUAGACGUCAUCCUCUUCCAGCACGGGGGGCUCCUGCGGUUUGUCGCUCGGACUUUUCUCGGAAGCAGCCUGCAGCCUGGAGCUGCCGCCGCCGAGCGUGCUCCAAGUCCAUAAACAGCAGCCGUCUUUGACCUGUCGUCCCAUGGAGGCUCUCUCUGAGGCUGAUGAUCCGUCUGCGAGCGCCGGAGCUCCACUGACUUUUGGAAUGUAUGUUUUAGGAGCAGCAGCUCCAGAGUCGCAGCACAGCGGUUUCCCAGCAGCAGCGAACGCAUCGCACAAGCAAGAAGAAACAGCCGCAUCGGCUUUCCUAAGGAGAAGAUGAAUCUCUGAUCUGUUUUGGUCCUCUAUGAAAAAUACAAAAAAAUAUGUAAGCCACGCCCACUUACACACUUGGUACCAACAGAAAAAUACUCACUUUUUUUCCCAGAAUGCUAAAUUUGGUUUGAUGUACGUUCCCUGUGUCUCCUUUUGGGAUCAAACAAUCGUAUGUACAUUUUUACCCUUCAUACAAUCAAAAAAAACUCUUCAAGUGGUUCAGGUUGUACGCUGGCUCCUCCUGCAUCGUCUGUCGUUUCCGUCUUCACACCUGGUGCUAAGCUCCGCCCCCAUUGGCUGCAUCCUCACCUGUGCUGUGUUGAACUCCUCCUGUUAUCUGUCCACAUAAAUGAAUUAACUGCACCCCCUUAUGUGUGACGUGGAAGAGUCUGUCUGGGAUUGAUGCUGACUCCGCCUACUCACUUCCUGUCUGAGUGUAACCUGGAUUAUAAUGUUCGUCACCUGUCCUGGUGGGGUGGAUGUGCAUGCGAGGAGUAUUUUGGGAUCUCCUGAAACCUUCCUUCACAGGGCAGAGCCAUCAUACACUAAAGAGCGUCACGGUCUGAAGAUCUUUGUAGAACUUUGUUUUUGCUUCGUCCAGCUGCCAACACCGACCGAGCUGUAAGCUCCUCUCUGUCGUCUUCGUGCCUCACAUGUCUCAACUCCUCCUCCUCCUCCUGCUUCAGGACGGCUGAGGCCUUCAGAAGAGUCGACCAGUCUUACCGUCUGCCUUUUCAGUUUGAGCACGUCGUUUUUGGCCUCAGAGUGGAGGUGAUUGAGUCCGUCACUCCCGUCUGUCACGCCACGGAGGACAAACAGGCGAACCACCGUUUGUAUCACUGCACCGGAUUGUAAAUACUUUUUAAUAAAUGGAAAAGUAAA